CAGAGCCGAGAAGCCGAAAAUGGCGGCGCUCCGGCUGGCUGUGUGCUGCUCUGCAGGAAGAUCUUUCCUCAAGUCAAAAAACGCACUUCAUGUUUCCAAAGUGAACAUGUCCUUCGCCAGUCUGUCCAAAGGGAGGAAGGUGGCGAUCUCCACUCUUGGUGUGUUGACGGCAGGAGGAGCUGGACUAGCCCUGAUCCUCCAUCAGUCAGUGAAAGCAUCAGACCUGGAGCUGCACCCACCGUCUUAUCCCUGGAGCCACAAUGGCUUGCUGUCUGCUCUGGACCAUGCCAGUAUUCGACGUGGCUAUCAGGUGUACAAACAGGUGUGUGCAGCCUGCCACAGUAUGGAAUAUUUGGCCUUCCGUAACUUGGUGGGAGUAUCGCACACAGAGGAAGAGGUCAAGACCCUCGCUGAGGAGAUUGAGGUAGUAGAUGGUCCAGAUGAGUCAGGAGAAAUGUUCACUCGUCCAGGGAAACCAUCUGAUUACUUCCCGAAGCCGUACUCCAAUCCAGAGGCAGCACGGGCUGCUAAUAAUGGUGCUCUUCCCCCUGAUCUCAGCUACAUCGUUAAUGCCAGGCAUGGUGGAGAGGACUAUGUGUUUUCGCUGCUGACAGGCUAUUGUGAACCCCCUGCUGGCGUGUCUGUGAGAGAGGGGCUCUACUACAACCCCUAUUUCCCUGGCCAGGCCAUUGCCAUGGCCCCACCCAUCUACAACGAGGUCCUAGAGUAUGAUGACGGCACACCAGCAACUAUGAGCCAGGUGGCUAAAGAUGUGUGUACUUUCCUGCGCUGGGCAGCCGAGCCAGAACAUGACCAGAGGAAACGCAUGGGCCUUAAGCUGUUUAUGGGCUCAGCGAUCCUCAUCCCGUUAGUGUACUAUCUGAAGAGGCACAGGUGGUCUGUACUCAAGAGCAGAAAGAUCGCUUACAGGCCACCCAAAUGAACCAUUCACCCUAGCCUUGAUCAGCUCUAACCAGAGUCUCCACAGAGUUCUGCAUCCAGUCUCUCAUUCAUUUAUUUGCCACAAUGGACAUUAUGCUUUUCUUAAAAGGGAAUUGUUUUCGUGACUGAAAAGGCAUUCAGAUUUUAUUUACAGGCAUAGAAUAAAAAAGUUAAAACACUUAGGGAGCAUCAUAUUAAUGGCUGUGUUCAGGAACUGAGGGCCUAGGAAGCACAUUAAUCUCAGUACAUUGUCAAAGAGUUAUACACAUUUUUGUGUAAAUAUAUGUUGCUGUAUAUCUAAUAAAUACUUUUGCAAAGCUUUC